CAGCGCGCAGACGCGACACGCCAGCCUCGCACCACCGCGCCUUAAAUGCGCAGGCGCGCCAGCUGCUCUCUUUUCUGCUCUUCCUUCUGCCUGUCUCCAGACGUCAGCGGCUGUUGGGUCCUAUGUCGCGCCGGGCCCUCCGGAGGCUGAGGGGGGAACAGCGCGGCCAGGAGCCCCUCGGGCCUGGCGCCCUGCAGUUUGUCCUUCAUGAUGACGAUGAUGUGGAAGAAGAAUGCCCAAAGCGGGGUCCAGGUGGCCGGCGCCCCCGGGGCGCAGGGAAGGAGGGAGUCCGAGUCAACAACCGGUUCGAGCUGAUAAACAUCGAGGACCUUGAUGAGGCACCCGGGGUGAACGGGGAGAGAACGGACUGUCUGCUUGUGGACGCCGUGGUGUCAGGGAACAAGAGGAGGGCCCAGAGCAGGCACUCAGAGUCCACCAGGGGCGGCGACGCGGCAGACACAGCGGUUCCCUCAGAGCAGUCCAAUGCCUGUAGCAAACUCCGCAAGAAGAAAAGAAAACAGAAAAAUAAGAAAAACGCAGGAGAAACCUCGCAGAAUGGCCUGGAGGACAUUGACCGCAUCCUGGAGAGGAUCGAGGACGCCAGCGGUGCCAGCCGCCCAGGCCCGCCCCCCCUGAGCACCAAGAAGCAUGUCCUAUAUGUGGAGCACAGACACUUGAAUCCAGACACAGAGCUGAAAAGAUAUUUUGGUGCCAGAGCUGUUCUCGGGGAGCAGAGGCCGCGGCAGAGGCAGCGCGUGUACCCCAAGUGCACAUGGCUGAGCACCCCGAAGAGCACGUGGCCCCGGUACACCAAACCAGGUCUGUCGAUGCGGCUGUUGGAAUCCAGGAAAGGCCGCUCGGCCUUCGCCUUUGAACACAGCGAGGAGUACCAACAGACGCAGCACAAGUUCCUGGCCGCUGUCGAGUCCAUGGAGCCCAAUAACAUUGUGGUCCUGCUCCAGUCAAGCCCCUACCACGUGGACUCGCUCCUGCAGCUCAGCGACGCAUGCCGCUUUCAGGAGGACCAGGAGACAGCACGCGACCUUGUGGAGCGUGCGCUGUACAGCAUGGAGUGUGCCUUCCACCCCUUGUUCAGCCUCACCAGUGGGACCUGCCGGCUGGACUACCGCAGGCCUGAGAACAGGAGCUUCUACCUGGCCCUCUACAAGCAGAUGAGCUUCCUGGAGAAGCGGGGCUGCCCACGCACGGCGCUGGAGUACUGCAAGCUCAUCCUCAGCCUGGAGCCGGACGAGGACCCCCUGUGCAUGCUGCUGCUGAUCGACCACCUGGCCUUACGAGCACGGAGCUACGAGUACUUGAUCCGCCUGUUCGAAGAGUGGGAGGCCCAUCGGAACCUGUCCCAGCUCCCAAACUUUGCCUUCUCUGUGCCGCUGGCCUAUUUCCUGCUGAGCCAACAGGCAGACCUCUCCGAGCAGGAGAUGAGCUCCGCGAGGGAGGAGGCCUGUGUCCGGAUCCAGCAGGCGCUCACCAUGUUCCCCGGAGUGCUCAUGCCCCUGCUCGAGUACUGCAGUGUGCGCCCCGACGCCACCGUGGCCACGCACCACUUCUUCGGACCCGACGCCGAAAUCAGCCAGCCGCCCGCCCUGAGCCAGCUGGUGAGCCUGUACCUGGGGAGGUCACACUUCCUCUGGAAGGAGCCGGCCACCAUGAGCUGGCUGGAGGAGAAUGUGCACAAGGUUCUACAGGCGGUGGAUGCCGGGGACCCUGCCGUGGAGGCAUGUGAGAGCAGGCGCAAGGUGCUGUACCAGCGGGCGCCCAGGAACAUCCACCGGCAUGUGGUCCUGUCUGAGAUCAAGGAGGCCGUGGCCGCCCUGCCGCCGGAUGUGACCACACAGUCUGUGUUGGGCUUCGACCCUCUGCCCCCACUGGACACCAUCUACUCCUACGUCAGACCAGAGAGGCUCAGCCCCGUCAGCCACGGAAACACCAUUGCCCUCUUCUUCCGCUCACUGCUGCCCAACUACACCGUGGAGGGGGAGCGACCGGAGGACGGGGGGCCCGGGGGUCUGCACCGUGACCAGGGCCUGAACAGACUGAUGCUGGCCGUGCGGGACAUGAUGGCUAACUUCCACUUCCACGACCUGGAGGUGCUGCCCGAGGAGCACCCUGAGGGCGACGGGGAGUGGGACUGAGUCCAGCGGGGUGCACGCCCCAGCGCUGCACAGUUGUGCUCCGGGUUCUGUUCUGGUCGGAUCGGCCAGGUCGCCGCCUGCUCUGCUCUUCUAUAAACUACGUGGGUUGCA